AUGCAGUUGUUUGAUAAAGAAACUCAAGGUCCUCAACCACAUAUAGAGCUUGUGAUCGAUGCAAAUUCAUCCAUGUCAAUCAUCCCUUCACAAACAGAUAGCAUUUCGAUCAUAAUCAAGGGUCUAACUUUGCCAAUCUUAACAAGAUUGCAUGCUGGUUACUUCAGAAUAAGCCUCUCUCUCUGCAGCCAGGCCUUACUAUGGAAGACCCUCGGCGAGCCAUCGGAUGAUGCCCAUGCAUUCCGGCGAAUCCUUCGAAUGCUACCCUCUUCUGCUUUUGUUCUUCUCUGGUCACUAGCCUUAUUCACAUUGGUCUCUCUCUCCCUUCUCUAUAUUUUAAGGUGUUUGUUAUACUUUGACAUGGUGAAAAAUGAGUUCUUCCACCAUGUGGGUGUGAACUACUUAUUUGCUCCAUGGAUUUCAUGGCUUCUCUUGCUUCAAGCUGCACCAUUCUUCACUCCCAAAACCAUGUAUUAUUUGGUUCUUUGGUGUCUAUUCGUUGCCCCCAUAAUUGUUCUUGAUGUUAAAAUCUAUGGCCAAUGGUUCACCAAAGGGAAGAGGUUUUUGUCCACAGUCGCUAACCCAACAAGUCAACUAUCGGUUAUCGGAAACCUGGUUGGGGCCUGGGCAGCAGCUAGAAUGGGGUGGAGAGAGAGUGCAAUUUGUUUGUUUUCAUUGGGUAUGGCGCAUUAUUUAGUACUGUUUGUCACUCUUUAUCAGAGAUUAUCGGAAAAUAAUGGCCUUCCGGCAAUGCUCCGGCCAGUUUUCUUUUUGUUCUUUGCUGCUCCGAGCAUGGCGAGCUUAGCAUGGGACUCCAUCUCUGGAACUUUUGAUAAUUCAUCGAAGAUGCUCUUCUUUCUUUCGCUGUUUCUCUUCCUAUCCCUGGUGUUUAGGCCUGCUUUAUUCAAGAAAUCCAUGAGGAAGUUCAACGUAGCAUGGUGGGCUUAUUCAUUCCCCUUAACAGUUCUUGCAAUAGCGUCAACGGAGUAUGCACAGGAGGUGAAGAGCGGCGUAGCUCACGUGCUUAUGCUCGUCCUCUCGACGCUUUCCGUGGUGGUGUCACUGUUUCUAAUGGUGUUCACUGCCCUGAAAACUAAUUGCCUCUUACAAAGUGAUGAUCCCAUGCUAAGUCCUGGUGGUAGUUCCCCAGUGCCAUGA